AUGAGACCUAUUAUGUUAAAGGGACAUGAACGUUCCCUAACUCAGGUUAAGUACAACAGAGAAGGGGAUUUGAUCUUCUCUUGCGCUAAGGAUAGCGUUGCAUCAGUGUGGUACUCCAUGAACGGUGAGAGACUGGGCACUUUUGAAGGCCACCAAGGUACGAUCUGGUCGAUUGACGUGGAUCAAUUCACGGAAUACGCGGUGACAGGGUCGGCCGAUUUCAGCAUCAAGCUAUGGAAGGUGCAAGACGGGUCCAAUGUGUUUACAUGGAAGACCAAGACGCCCGUGAGAAGAGUGGAGUUUUCACCCUCGGGCGACAAGAUAUUGGCUGUUUUGGACGGUGUCAUGGGGUACCCGGGUAGUGUUACCGUGUACGAUCUAAAGAGAGACGCACAAACCAACGAGAUCGUGGAUAUUGCGGAGGAGCCUGCAUACAACAUCAUGACGCGCGAGGGCUUCGAGAUCGCCUCGGUGGCCGCGUGGAGUUUCGAGGACAAGUUCAUCGUGGUGGGCCACAAGGACGGAAAGGUCAGCAAGUACGACGGCAGCACAGGUGAAUUCGUGGACUCGUUGGAGCUGCACGAGCAAAACGUGAGCGACGUGCAAUUCUCGCCAGACAAGACGUAUUUCAUCACUUCGUCCAGAGACAGCAAUGCCAAGCUGGUGGACGUGGUGUCGUUCGAGGUGUUGAAGGCGUACGAGGCGGAUUGUCCGCUCAACAGCGCGUGCAUCACGCCGUUGAAGCAGUUUGUGGUGCUGGGUGGUGGUCAGGACGCCAAGGACGUCACCACGACCAGCUCGCGCGAGGGUAAGUUCGAGGCGCGUUUCUAUCACAAGAUCUUCCAAGACGAGAUCGGCAGAGUCAAGGGCCACUUCGGUCCGCUCAACUACGUUGCAGUGAGCCCCCAGGGCACUUCGUACGCGUCGGGAGGUGAAGACGGUUUCGUGCGUUUGCAUCAUUUCGACAAGAGCUAUUUCGACUUCAAAUACGACGUGGAGAAGAGCGCUGAGGCCCAGAAGCACAUGCAGCAACUUGAAAUCGCCAAUUAG